GCUGAGUAGCUCAUCAUGGCAUCCAUACCAGUCAUCGUCAAGCACCAGGGCAAGAAGCAUGAAGUCGAGGUCGACGCCACUUCCAACGGCGAGACGUUCAAGUACCAGCUCUUCUCCAUCACCGGCGUCGAGCCCGAGCGCCAGAAGAUUCUCGUCAAGGGCGGCCAGCUCAAAGAUGACGCCGACAUGUCCAAGCUGGGUCUUAAGCCCAAUCAGACCAUCAUGAUGCUGGGUACCCCCUCCGGCGACGCGAAGGUCAUCGAGAAGCCCAAGGACAAGAUCAAGUUCUUGGAGGAUAUGGACGAGGCCGAAGCAGCGCAGUUGGAAGGUGCCACACCCGCUGGUCUGCAGAACCUGGGCAACACGUGUUACAUGAACUCGACGCUCCAGACGCUGAGGUCGAUCCCCGAGCUGCAAGAGGAGCUCCUACGGUACUCUACUAGUGGCGCUGGAUCAUCUAGCUCAGCAAACCAGCUCAGCCAGUUCGGUCUCGGUGGGCUUGGUGCGUCUACUGAUCUUACAGGCUCUCUCCGCGAUCUUUUUAAGCAAAUGUCCGAAACACAGCAAGGCUUCCCGCCACUCAUGUUUUUGAAUGCCCUGAGAACCGCCUUCCCACAAUUUGCUCAAAAGUCAAAGGACGGACACGGUUAUGCGCAGCAGGAUGCGGAAGAGGCCUGGUCUCAGAUUGUUUCCCAGCUUCGUCAAAAGCUGAAGUGGAAGGACACUGCGGGCUCGGACGAGGGCAAGCAGGCGGAACUGUCUUGGAUCGACAAAUACAUGGCAGGGAAAUUCGAGUCAGUCAUGGAGUGCGACGAGCCUGCAGCCAAGGAACUUGGAGAGGAGCCUAUCAACAGCGAGGAUCUUUUCUUCAAGCUCAACUGCCACAUCAACGUCGAGACGAACCAUCUCCGUGAUGGACUCGCUGCCGGGUUGAAGGAGCAGAUCGAGAAGCGCUCCGAGCUCCUAGGCCGCAACGCACUGUACACAAAGACCUCACGCAUAGCACGGCUCCCGAAACAUCUCCCAGUACACUUUGUACGCUUCGACUGGCGGCGAGACACCAACAAGAAGGCAAAAAUUAUGCGAAAAGUCACAUUCCCAGAAGAGUUGGAUGUUCUGGAAUUCUGCACAGACGAUCUGAGGAAGCUGCUGGUCCCGAUCCGUGAUAAGAUUCGCGACCUUCGCAAGGAAGAGCUUGAUGUGGAGCGUGCGCGCAAGCGACAGAAGCGCAUGAAGGCCGGCGAAGAGAACGAUGCCGGGCCUACCGCUAGUGAGCCCCUUGCUAAGAAAAAGGCAGCAGCUGAAAAGAAGGAAGAAACGAAGAAAGCUCCUGAGGACACUGAGAUGGCGGACGUCGAGUACAAGACUGACGCUCAGAUCGAGGCUGAACGUGCAGCAUCUAUCCUUGCUGCGAAGAAGGAGCUUCUGGCAUUGGUCGAUCCCACACUUGGCGCAGACGAGGGUGCCAACCAGACAGGUCUUUACGAGCUUCGAGGUGUCAUCACUCAUCAGGGUGCCAGCGCCGACAGCGGUCACUACACUUCAUUCGUCAAGAAGCUGGGUGCCAAAGACCCGGCCACUGGCAAGCGGAAAGAGGAAGACGGCAACUGGUGGUGGUUCAACGACGAGAAGGUCUCUGAGGUCGAUUCUGAAAGGAUUCAGACCUUGUCUGGUGGAGGCCAAAGCCACUCGGCCCUGAUCCUCCUGUAUCGUGCAGUUCCGCUGCCCGUCGUGGACGAGGAUGUGAAGAUGACCUAAGUGACAGCUCACCUCCAUAUGCAUCUAGAUUCCCCAUUGCUCAGAGCUUAGCGUUGGUCAUGUAUGGGAUUGGCGUUGCAUAAGAGACGGGGAUCCGGUAUAGGCCACUAUGGCCAUAGCAUGUAUUACGACUCAACGAAUUCAAGAAUGCGUGGCAUGAACAGCGGUAUGCUAUUUUGACCAGUUGUGCCCAUUUUCCAUCUCGUCUUCACGUUCACCUCCUCACCACGCGUCGUCGAAACGCGUCCGCGUCGAACACAACGCCAAGCCACAUGUGCCAUCUUGCUCCUUGCCCACACUCUCAUUUCCUUCCACUACAGUUUCAAUACCCACAUAGCCUACUUGAUCCCGCUGUAGACUUUCUGUUGUAUCAUCUUGUUCAUUAGUAUUUCGUCGCAUGUACUGCGUAUCACCAUGUUCUAUUCCCACGAAG